UAUAUAGAAAACCCCAGCCCCAUGGCCUGUUACAAUGAACUGCUCCAGCUGGAGUUUGGAGACGUGCGCUCACAGCUGAAACUCAGGGCUUGUAACUCAAUGUUUGCUGCAUUAGAGAAAAGUCAAGAAGCAAUUGAAAUUACAAGUGAAGACCACAUUAUCCAGUAUGCAAAUCCAGCGUUCGAAACAACAAUGGGCUAUCAGUCAGGCGAGUUAAUAGGGAAGGAGAUAGCAGAAGUGCCUAUAAAUGAAAAAAAGGCUGAUUUGCUCGAUACUAUAAAUUCAUGCAAGGAAUGGCAAGGAAUUUACUCUGUCAGGAAGAAAAAUGGAGAUAACGUACAACAAAAUGUGAAGAUAAUACCUGUCAUUGGACAGGGAGGAAAAAUUAGACACUAUGUGUCCAUUAUCAGAGUGUGCAAUGGCAACAAUAAGGCGGAGAAGAUAGCUGAAAGUGUUCAGACUGACACGCACUCAGAUAAUCAGUCAGGCAAACAUAAAGACAGGAGAAAAAGCUCCCUAGAUGUCAAAACUGUUGCCUCUCGAACAAAUGAAGUUUCCAGCCAGAGACGACACUCUUCCAUGGCCCGGAUUCAUUCCAUGACGAUCGAGGCGCCCAUCACCAAGGUCAUCAAUAUCAUCAAUGCUGCCCAGGAAAGCAGUCCCAUGCCUGUGACAGAAGCCUUAGACCGUGUGCUGGAAAUUCUAAGAACCACUGAAUUAUAUUCACCCCAGUUCGGUGCUAAGGACGAUGAUCCUCACGCCAACGACCUCGUCGGGGGCUUGGUGUCUGAUGGUUUGCGAAGAUUAUCUGGAAAUGAAUAUGUUCUUUCAACAAAAAACCUUCAGCAGGUUCCCAGCAGCAUCAUCGUCCCCGUCUCCCUUCACGAUGUCCCAUCACAGAUAACUCGGGCCAUGGAAAAGGAGGAAUACUGGGACUUCAAUAUUUUUGAACUGGAGGCUGCCACUCAUAAAAGGCCUUUGAUUUACCUUGGUCUCAAAGUGUUCGCUCGCUUCGGAGUCUGUGAAUUCUUAAAAUGCCCCGAGGUGACACUGAGAUCCUGGUUACAGAUGAUUGAAGCCAAUUAUCACGCUUCCAACCCCUACCACAACUCCACACACUCUGCUGAUGUGCUGCAUGCCACUGCCUACUUUCUGUGCAAAGAGAAGAUCAAGCAAACUUUAGACCCACUUGAUGAGGUCGCUGCGCUCAUCGCAGCCACUAUCCACGAUGUGGACCACCCCGGGAGGACCAACUCCUUCCUGUGCAAUGCUGGGAGCGAGCUGGCCAUUCUGUACAACGACAUGGCUGUGCUGGAGCACCACCAUGCGGCCUUGGCCUUCCAGCUGACCACCAGCGAUGAUAAAUGCAACAUCUUUAAAAACAUGGAGAGGAAUGACUACCAGACGCUGCGCCAGGGUAUCAUCGACAUGGUCUUAGCCACAGAAAUGACAAAGCACUUUGAGCACGUCAACAAAUUUGUCAACAUCAUCAACAAGCCCUUGGUAGCAUUAGAAGAAGAAGGGGAAACUGAUAAAGAUCAAGAAGCCAUAAACACCAUGCUCAGGACUCCAGAGAACCGGACUCUGAUCAAACGGAUGCUGAUCAAGUGUGCUGACGUGUCCAACCCCUGCUGGCCCCUGGAGCAGUGCAUCGAGUGUGCCGCAUGCAUCUCAGAAGAGUAUUUCUCUCAGACAGACGAAGAGAAGCAAUGGGACUUGCCUGUGGUGAUGCCAGUUUUUGACAGAAAUACCUGCAGCAUCCCCAAAUCCCAGAUCUCCUUCAUCGACUACUUCAUCACAGACAUGUUUGACGCCUGGGACGCCUUUGUAGACCUGCCCGAGUUAAUGCACCAUCUCGACAACAACUUUAAAUACUGGAAAGGACUGGACGACAUGAAGCUGCGGAGCCUGCGCCCGCCCCUCGAAUAGCGCGGUACCCCGUGGUCACCGGGGACUCCUGAGGGCGGCCAGCGUUCCUUUCAGUAUUAGCCAAUCAGCCCCCUGACGCACAGAGCCUGCGAGAGCACCCAGGGUCACCUUCCUGAACUACCUGAUGCCAUUGCCGUAGAGUGAGGCUUCCUUCACUCACUGCGUCAGCCUGCUACCAGGGCUCCGCAGAGAGUCUCAGAGAACACGGCUUGCAUCAGCAUCCAUCUGUCCAAACCUGAGCUCGGGAGGCCCAGCCAAGGACGCUAACGGAGUUUCUGCCGGUGACAGAGAAUGUCUUGUUGCAGUUGCUCUCGAUUAUGUUCAGCACUUAGGAACAGCUAAUGGCAAUUGGAUCUUUU